CAUCGUGUCUUCCGCUGAAUAAUACUACGAAUGUGGGUGUGUAGAGGCAAUGUAACGGAGUAAAGCAAACACAUACAACAAGGGACACAAUCACUAGCUGGCCUCUCAUCCAGCGACAUGGCUUCCUGCACCUUGUGUCUUGGGCUGAUCCUACUGCACAUCUCUGGGGCUUUGUCAGAGAAACUGCACUAUGCUGUCAUCUUCCCUUCUGAGAUUAUCUCCCAUCACCCGGAGAACAUUUGUUUACACCUGGAGGGAGCUCAGGGAGAGAGCAGGGUGCAGAUAUCACUAAACCUGGAUAAUAAGAAUAUAACACUCAUAGACAGAACCUUCCAGCCGGGUUCCGCAUUCACCUGCUUACCACUCCAGGUUCCUGAUCCUGAGCAGAAGGAGGUGGUUGGCACACUGGAAGUCUCCAUUAAAAGUGCAGGGGAAACCAUAACCAAAAGCAAGAAAGUUCUUGUGAAGAAGAAAAGAUCUGUUGUUGUAGUCCAGACAGACAAGCCAGUGUAUAAACCAGGACAAACUGUGAGAUUCAGAAUUCUGUCCCUUGAUGAAGAAUUUAAACCAAACAACAUUUUGUUGCCAGUUAUAGAAUUACAGGAUCCAGGAAAGAACCGGAUUGGUCAGUGGCUGAAUGUGAGCCUCAAUCAGGGAAUUGCUGAGCUGUCCCUUCCUCUCUCCUCUGAGCCCCAACUGGGGGGAUAUUCUAUAAGGGUGAAAGACACUGUGCAAACCUUUAGUGUAGAGGAAUACGUGCUUCCAAAAUUUGAGGUCACCCUGGAGCUUCCCAAGUUUGUUAGGUUUAACAGCGCAAACUUCACAGUUAAAAUAUGUGGCAGAUACACAUAUGGAAAACCAGUACAAGGGGAAUAUAAGGCUAGUGUGUGCCAGGAGGCUCAUAGAUUCCGAUGGAUGAAACAUUCAGAUGUUUGUGCUCAUUUCACUGGAAAGUUGGAUGCAUCAGGAUGUCGUGUAAUAGAAAUGAUGUCUGACGUUUUUAAACUAAACAACAGUUACAUGCUAAACCGAUUGAAGGGAUCAGCCUCUAUCAUAGAGGAAGGGACAGGAAUUCAGUUACAAACAGAGAGUGCAACACUUUUAUCUGCGGUAAUAGAAAAGCUGUCUUUUGUUGAUACUCAGACGUACUACAAGCCUGGGUUCCCAUACAGUGGAAUGGUUAAGGUGGUGGAUGCUGAUGAUAAUCCUUUACUAGGCAUUAAAGUUUAUCUUCAAAAACGCCAUGGUACAUUCGACCAGACUUUAGUGACAAAUGAGAAUGGCCAAGCUUCCUUUACAAUGAACACAACUGGAUGGAAGGGUCGCAUAACAGUGACGGCAAAAACCUACAUGGAGGAAUUACCUUUUCAGCGUGGCAUAGUUAGAGCACAGUAUGGUUUUGGGAGCCUGCAUCUUUACCACUUGUACUCUCGAAGCAACAGCUUGCUGAAAAUCCAAUCCCUGGAUAAAGUUUUGCCAUGUGAGGGUCAACAGGAGGUCCAGGUGGACUAUAUCAUUAAACACACAGAUCUAGAAAAGGAGGCCAAGUAUAUUAAACUACAUUACCUGGUGGCUUCCAAAGGAUCUAUACAAGACUCUGGGUCUUUAGAAAUCAACCUGGAAAAUAGUAAUGAAGACAUUCGUGGUCAGACCACCUUGAAGCUACCUUUGAGUGCGGGGACAUCUUCAAGCCUUCAAAUAAUUCUAUACAUGUUACUGCCUAAUGGAGAGAUGUUGGCAGAUUCAAAAAAAUUCACAACUCUAGGAUGUUUCAAACACAAAGUAUCAGUCGGGUUCUCUCCAGAUGAAGUUCUCCCAGGAACAGAUGUAUCACUCCGUGUUCAGGCAGCCCCAGGAUCUCUCUGUGGCCUGAGGGUGGUGGAUCAGAGUGUGGUACUAAUGAAACCAGAGAAAGAGCUGACUGCUGAUAAAGUUUAUAAUCUCUUCCCAUACCGGUCUACUGGAGAAUAUGAUCAUCGUAUAAGGGAAAAUGAAGAUGAAUGUGAUCCCUACUAUGGAUUAUUACCUGCGUCUCCUAGACGAUCAUAUAGAAACUGGAACAUUGAUCGAGGCAGUGUUGAUGUAUACAGCUUUUUUAUGGGCAUGCGGUUAAAAAUAAUAACAAGUGCAAACAUUCAGAAGCCUGUGAAAUGUUUAGAAGAAACACCAUAUUUUGAAAUUGAGCGUGUUACUAUGGCUAGACGACCAGGUCUUUCUCCAGAUAGAGAAAUAGCAACUGGAGGAAGUGGAAAUGCAAUACAACCAGUUACACAGGAAGUGGAAAGAGUACGGACAUAUUUCCCAGAGACCUGGAUUUGGCAACUUUUCGCUGUAGGAGAUUCUGGCAGUGCUGAGCUCCACCACAAGGCCCCAGACACCAUCACAGACUGGAAUGCAGGAGCUGUAUGUAUGGGCCCCAGUGGGUUUGGACUCUCUCCUUCUUCAUCGCUGCGAGUUUUCCAGCCAUUCUUUGUGGAGCUCGCCCUCCCAUACUCUGUGGUACGAGGAGAGACAUUCACCCUCAAAGCCUCUGUCUUUAGCUAUCUGAGGCAAUGCAUAAAGGUACAGAUCACCCUGCAGCCUACCCAAGAGUUACAGCAAGCACCAUGUGCAGACUGUCAGUACAGCAGCUGCUUGUGUGCCGACGAGAGCAAAACCUUCUACUGGGGCCUGAAAGCAUCUAAGCUGGGAGAGGUAAAUAUCACUGUGAGGACAGAGGCUGUGGACACAAAAGAGAUUUGCCAAAAUGAGAUCCCCGUUGUCCCUAAGCAAGGCAGCACUGACACAGUCACUAAGCCCUUACUUGUACAGCCUGGAGGUGUCCUGGAGGAAAAGUCUCACAGCUCUCUUCUUUGCAUCCAAGAGGGAGAAGGGAAUUCAAAGACAGAGAAGAUCUCUCUAGAGGUUCCUGAUAACAUUCUGGAGGAUUCUGAGAGAGCCCAUGUUACAGUGUUGGGGGAUCUGAUGGGCACAGCCAUGGAGAACCUGGACCGUCUCUUGGCCAUGCCAUAUGGCUGCGGAGAGCAGAACAUGGUUCUGUUUGCCCCCAAUAUCUUUAUUCUGCAGUAUCUGGAGAAGACUCAUCAACUGAACAAUGAAAUCAAGAGCAAAGCCAUCAAGUUUCUUGAGAGCGGGUAUCAGAGACAGCUGACAUACAAACGUGAUGAUGGGUCGUACAGCGCUUUUGGAAAGAGGGACCCAGAAGGAAACACUUGGCUGACUGCAUUCGUAUUGAAGUCCUUCAGCAAAGCUCGGCCUUAUAUCUUUAUAGAUGAGAACCACCUGAAUCACUCCCUCACCUGGAUGAAAAAUAACCGCCAAGCAUCCGGCUGCUUCCGCAGUGUGGGGAGGCUGUUCAAUAAUGCUAUGAAGGGAGGAGUGGAAGAUGAAACAUCACUCUCUGCUUAUGUAACAAUAGCUCUACUGGAGGCUGGUGUAUCUCUGGAGGAUCCCCUGCUUAGUAAUGCUUUGACCUGCCUGCGGAAGGCUGCUGUGGAUGUGAGCAAUGUAUACACUCAAGCUCUGCUGGCCUACACCUUCACUUUGUGCGGAGACACAGAUCUCAGGAAGAUGCUGAUGGAUAAAUUGGAAAAAAAAGCAGUACUAGGCGAUGGGCAGUUGCACUGGAAACGGGAAUCUACUGCUUCCUCUGAUGUUCCGUACUGGUACCGAGCACCAUCCGCAGAGGUGGAGCUAACGGCCUAUAUGCUACUUGCUUACACCUCAGGCCCCACAAAGGACCUGGGAAUAGCUUCAAAGAUUGUGAAUUGGUUGAGCAAGCAGCAGAACCCAUAUGGAGGAUACUCAUCCACACAGGAUACGGUUGUGGCCCUUCAGGCCCUGUCCAGCUAUGCUGAGUACACAUAUAGUGAUAAGGGGGAUGUGACAGUAACAGUCACUUCUACGUCAGGAUUUCUGGAGCAGUUCCAUGUGGAUAACAAUAACCGGCUGCUGCUCCAGAGAGCGUCACUGCCAGCCAUCCCCGGAGAGUACACGGUGACCUCUACAGGGAGUGGUUGCGUCUUCGUGCAGGCAGUCCUGAGAUACAACAUCCCUCCACCCAACAUUGAUGCCACCUUUUCAUUAAGUGUGAAGUCACUUUCAAAAAGAGAAUGUCGGAAGGAUCCAGUGACAAGUUUUGAUAUUUUAAUCAAUUCUAAAUACAGAGGUUCCCGGGCACAUUCCAACAUGGCUGUUAUUGAGAUAAAGAUGCUGUCUGGAUACAUCCCAGUGAGGAGCUCCAUAGUGCAGCUGGAGACAAAGAAAGUGAUACAAAGGAGCGACAUCCAGAAUGACGUUGUUACCUUGUACCUAAAUGAGAUUGGGCCCAGUCCUCGUGGUAUCUCAUUCAUGGUGACACAGGACAUUGAAGUUGAAGGCCUAAAACCAGCCACAGCAAAAGUGUAUGAUUACUAUGAAACAGAUGAACAAGCAAUUGCAGAAUACAACCACCCUUGUGAUAUUGGUGACACUUCUGGAAACUGAGGAUGGUAACUGACAGAGACCUGGCUGUAUUAGUACCUGAUACCCAGCCAUACUCACCUUCAUGAAUACCAUCACUAACAAUAAAUGAGAAAUAUUAUACUACGAGCUGUAACCUGUCUGUUUCAGCUGAUUUGUUUAAUUAGUGGAAAACAGGUUGUUUAUUUACUGUGUGUUCUCUAUUCAAUAGUUAAAAGAAUUACAGUUCAGUAAUACAAACUGGAUGCAUACAAUUAAUUUUAUUUAGAAACACAUUUGAGGACUCUUAGAAUUGAAAGCAUUUUACAUAACAACAUACAUAUUAACCACAGAUUCUUCCAGACACAGACACAGAACCACGGGCAAUCCCCUUUCACUGUCCCCGUUCCCUAAUAUAUUAUAAUGUGUAUCUUUAUAUAAUGUGAUGUAUUUCAAUUAAGCUGCCCUGGAACUAUUGGAGGUAUAAAGGACUAUGUAACCAUGUUUUGGUUGUCAGUUCUCCAUUUCUUUUGAGCUGCCCAUGAUGCAUGAUUGUUUGCUUUUAAUUAAUAAAGAAACAUUUCAUUUAGGA